AUGGUCCUCAAAGAGGCGGAAUCGAAAAGAUUGAUGAAAUUUUUAGUCAAUCUGACAAAAGGUGCCGUCAAGCCGCUGGUGGCGACGACAGUAUUCAGAAAAUUCGCUAAGCUCAAAGGUUCAGAGCUUGGUGCAACGGCUUACGCUAAUAGAUUUGAAAAUAAUCUGGUCCCGAUCAUGGAUCAAAUGGACAACUACAGUAUCGGGUCACGGAUUCGAGUGAUGUUCGCCUUGUCGGCAACAGUGUCGAAUGAUUUUUUAGAACUAAUCGAAACGACGGGAACUGUUCAAGUGGAUGAGUUCGGAAGAAUUUCCAAGUAUACUUCGAAUGAAGGAAAACUUUCGUUGGAAGGAAUCUACUGUAAAUCUUCCAAAGCAGCACAAAAACGCCCAACGAACGCCAAACUUUCCGCUGAUCUCUCGAAUCAUUGAUAUUCGUACAGUUCUCGGUGCAUUCUUCUUCGGAGUUAGCCGAAAAAUCAAAUCAACUGGAUCGAAUAAUUCUACAAUGAAGGCCAAAGAUUUCCUGGUCACGUUCAAGUACUUCCUUCUCGGAUUGGAUUUUUCCGAGCUUCUGGAGCUCAGCACAGUGUUCAAGAGAAAAUUGACGAGUCAGAUAUUGCAGAGAAGAUUCUCAUGUACAGCGACAUCCGCCAUGCUCUCCAAAACCUACUCUCCACAAUUUCUCAAUAACUCGAAAAUUUCUCAUUGUUUUUUUUUUGCAAAACUUCCCAAUUUGUUAUAUUUUUCUGUUAUUUUUUCGCUCAUAAUUGUUAUUGCCCCAUUUUUUGUUCUGCAAGAAAGUUAUGAAAAGUUAUGAAA